AUGUCUGAUCACGCUUCCUGGCUACCAGUACGACUGCUGGUGUGGGGACUGAUAUGUAGCUCAGUGCGCACUGCCCCAUUCGCUGGAAAACAGAACGGCAGUCUUGAGCGGCACUGGGAAACGCUAUACUCUCGCUCACUGGCUCGGAACCCAUGGGAAAAGAGAGAAAUCAACCGGGACGGUGACUAUCUAAUGGGCAUCAAAAGACUUCGACGUCUCUACUGCAAUGUUGGCAUUGGGUUUCACAUUCAAGUUUUACCAGACGGAAAGAUAACUGGAAUACAUAAUGAAAAUAGAUACAGUCUCCUUGAGAUAUCCCCUGUGGAGAGAGGAGUUGUGACUCUCUUUGGUGUCCGAAGUGGUCUGUUUCUGGCUAUGAAUGGCAAAGGGAAACUCUAUGGAUCUGGUCACUACAAUGAUGAAUGCAAGUUCAAGGAAAACCUCUUGGCAAAUAACUACAAUGCGUAUGAAUCAGCAGCCCACCCUGGGAUGUAUAUUGGACUAAGUAAGACUGGCAAAACCAAAAAAGGAAACAGGGUUACACCAGCAAUGACAGUGACACACUUCUUACCGAGGAUCUGAUUGGGCCCAUAGACUGCGUACUAGUAUCGCCAAGAGAGGGUUUAGGAGAGACUGGAAACCAUGCACUUUCAAAUGUUUGAGUGUGAUUAAUUUAAAUUAUUUAUUUAUGAAUCUAGAUACUUUUUAUAUUUUUGGAGAAAGAAAGUAAGGUAAACGGGAAAAUGAAUAGAGACACUUGUUUUAGUUUUGUAUCU